GCGGCGCCGCGGCCUCUGCGGAGCAGCCUGAAAGCUGCCAACAUGGCUGCCGCCGCGCGCCUCCUGGGUCCUUUGGUGAAAAGCAGCAGGGGCAGCAGUCAGGGGACAAUCCAUGGACUGUGGAGGUGUCAGUCUGGUGCAGCGGCAGCAGCCACACACACGCAAAGAACAAAAGCUCAAGUUCAGCCAGAGAAGAGGAAGCCUAAAACCGGAAUAUUAAUGCUAAACAUGGGAGGCCCAGAGACACUGGGAGAUGUUCAUGACUUCCUACUGAGGCUUUUCCUGGACAGAGACCUAAUGUCGCUUCCUGUACAAGACAAACUGGCCCCUUUCAUUGCCAAGCGUCGCACACCCAAAAUUCAGGAGCAGUACCGUAAGAUUGGAGGUGGUUCACCGAUCAAAAAGUGGACUACCCAGCAAGGAGAAGCCAUGAUAAAGCUUCUGGAUGAACUUUCUCCACACACAGCUCCUCACAAAUAUUACAUUGGAUUUCGGUAUGUCCAUCCUUUAACAGAAGAGGCAAUUGAAGAGAUGGAGGAAGAUGGGCUUGAAAGGGCUAUUGCUUUCACACAGUAUCCACAAUACAGCUGCUCUACCACAGGCAGUAGCUUAAAUGCUAUUUAUCGAUACUAUAAUAAAGUUGGGAAGAAACCAAAGAUGAAGUGGAGUACUAUUGACAGAUGGCCUACCCAUCCUCUUUUCAUUCAGUGCUUUGUAGACCACAUACAAAAAGAAUUAGACCUGUUUCCACCGGAGAAGAGAGGAGAGGUGGUCAUUCUUUUCUCUGCGCACUCACUGCCAAUGUCUGUAGUCAAUCGAGGGGAUCCUUAUCCUCAAGAGGUAGGAGCUACAGUCCAGAGAGUAAUGGAGAAGCUGGGGUACUCCAACCCAUAUAGACUUGUCUGGCAGUCUAAGGUUGGUCCAAUGCCGUGGUUGGGUCCACAGACAGAUGAAACUAUCAAAGGACUUUGUGAAAGGGGCAGAAAGAAUAUCCUUUUAGUUCCAAUAGCAUUUACCAGUGAUCAUAUUGAAACCUUGUAUGAACUCGAUAUCGAGUAUGCUCAAAAACUAGCAAAUGAGUGUGGAGUUGAAAACAUCAGAAGAGCAGAAUCUCUUAAUGGAAAUCCAUUGUUCUCUAAGGCACUGGCUGAUUUGGUUCAUUCACAUAUCAAAUCAAAUGAAAUGUGCUCCAAGCAGUUAACUCUAAGCUGUCCACUCUGUGUAAAUCCUGUCUGCAAGGAGACAAAAUCCUUCUUCACUAAUCAACAGCUGUGACACAUGGUCUGUGGAGCCAGUUGGAUUAGUCAGGAGAAGAACUUCCUGGGCUGUCUCCCCAGACACCCCAGAGACAUCUCACCUGGGGAAAAAAUGUUAGGAGAAGUAAAGGAACGGAAUUACAUUACUUUGUUGACGAAUCCUUUGGUACAUUUUGCUGGAUAUUAUGUAGAGAGUGAUUCUGAAGAUCCCUCUAGAGGGAAUUCUGUUUUUAUGUAUUUAAUAUGCUGUGAACAUUCACAUUUUAUUCUUUUAAGUAUAGUGACGCUCUUUAAGUAUUGCUAGCAUAAUGGCCAAUUGGCUGUUUCAUAUUAAUAAUAAACAGAUGGAUUUUAAAGACUUCUUGGGUUCUAGAGACACAUUUUAAAUACAAAUUUUGGUUUCAUCACCAAAGAAAUUUUACAGCAGUACAGGUGCAACUAUCUCAUAUGGACUGUGGGGAUGAUUGAGACUUGUUUGCAUUUCAUUCAUCUGUUUUUCUCUUUGUUUCAUCAAAAAUGUGUCUGACUAUGGAAAACCUAACUUGAAAAGAAGGCUACUCAGUGUUCGUUCUGUGGCCUACUCAACUGUCUCAACUGUCGUUGAGAGUGAGCUCUGAUGCCUGUGUCUACCAAUGAUUUGCCAGAAGUUUGCCAGUGAAACUGGUCUUCUUUUCAUAUUGCUUUUUUCAUUGGUAAUAGUGGAAUGUGUUGAUUUCUAAAUCGCCUGGGAUUCUGAAAUCCACUUGGGUAAAGACUCAGGGUUGCUAAUAACAGAAAAACAUAUUGUCUAUUAUGCAUAACUUUAUGGAAAUUUAUGGUGGCUGAAGGAGUGCUCAUGAUCUUUUCUACUGGCCUCUGGAGUUGAUAUUCUUGAGGAAUGAUUUUACUGAAAAAUUUUGAUAAUACCUUGAUUUUUAACUUUUCUCCCAGAAUCCCAGAGAGCGUUUCUGUGCAAAUUCUCUUCUGUCUGAGAUGAGUUUUUCCAUUCUGUAUAGGUUUGUUUUGAAAAUUAUUUUUUGAAUGGGCAGAUAUGUUUUGUAACCACGAGUUCUUAGGUGAAAAGUUACCCGCAAAUGCAGCAAUGAUGUCAGAUAAUCAGAUCUCAUAUAUGUUCUGAUUUAAGUGGAUUAAAAUUCACUGUCAGCCGCUUACACAAUAGAACUUGUAAUGAUCACUAUUUUCCUUGGUUCUUCCAAAGACUAACACGUGAUGUUCUUCAAAAGAGAUUUUCUCUGUUUGAUUUAAAGAUGUCUUUUUUUUUUUUUGGUUAGGCAGUUGGGGUUAAGUGACUUGC